AUGCUGCUGAAGUCCUUCCACAUAUACACAGUUUGCUGCGGUCUGCUGCCGGCUCCUUUGCGAAAGCGAAGGUUCCUCGCGGGACGUCCGCUGAGGUGGUACCUCCUCUACACGGCCUGUCUGCAUGGAGUUCUCCUCGUCCUGCUGCCCUUCACGUUUCCCCACUACAUGUACUAUGAGAGCUACAUGAGCAGCAACCUGGUCCUCCAAUGGGUCUUCAAUUUAACCAAUAUCACAAGGAUACUGGCCAUGUUUUCGGGCGGUCUUAUGAUGUGGUUCAAAAGAAAGAGGCUCCUGGAAUUGGGUGACAGGAUUAUAAGUCACUGCCUGAAGUGCAGUAGACUGGAGGAUCCCUCAAGAAAGUAUACCAAGCUGAGAAAGAGAGUCCGGGGAGUACUUUGCCAGAUAUUUUUUGCCGCGAGCUUCAGCCUUUUGUCGGGCUUCUUAAUCCUGCUGGUAAUCGACACAGGAACUGGCUUUGGCAAAACAUCCAUGAUUACGGCGCACAUCGUGCAAUAUAUCUACAUAGUUGCUAUGAUGGCGGGUAUAUGUGUGAUCCUGGUAAUCCUCCACUGGCAGAACGAGCGGGUGCAAAUAUCUCUCGAGGACCUGUGCCUGUUCCUGAAUCAUGAAGAGCGUAACUCCCUAGUACUGUCCGAAAAUAAGGCCAGAAAGUCCCUGCACAACCUGCGCAAUCUCUUCCAGCUUUUUGCGGAGAAUCAGCGACUCGUUUUAGUAGCUUUUGAAACCCUGGACAUUCCCAUUGCCCUUUUGCUUUUGAAAAUGUUUGUGACAAAUGUGAAUCUGGUUUAUCAUGGAGUGCAGUUUGGAAAUGAAUCUAUAGAAACGUCGUUUUACACCAGAGUCCUGGGAGAGUUUGUGAUCAUUUCUCAUUACUGGAGUGCUGUUCUGGUAAUGACUGUUGUCGACGAUGUGACCCGUAGAAGUGACCUCGAAGUGGGAAACCGCCUGCGGGAGUUCAGUCACCUGGAGCUGGUCAAAAGGGACUUUCAACUGCAGCUAGAACUAUUCUGCGAUCAUCUGCGUUGCCAUCCGGCGACUUAUAAGGUCUGCGGACUGUUUGUGUUCAACAAACAAACCAGCUUGGUUUACUUUUUCUACGUCCUGGUUCAAGUCCUGGUGCUUGUGCAAUUCGAUUUGAAGAACAAGGUCGAUGAAAGACAUUAA